UGUUCCGACAACUGUUCUCUUUUGGUCUAACUGACCUGUGUGAACGGAUAAUAUCAGAUACUGUAGGUCUUAAAAGCGGUUCUUCCUACGUUUGCUAUAUAACGAAACCAUACUAAGUCCUCCUUCAGAGCAUACCCGAUACAAAGAAGAGAGAAAGUCUUCACCGCGACUACUGUACUUAGUUUCCAUGGCGUCAAGAAGAGUGUCCUCGCUUCUAUCUCGCUCCCUCAUCUCCUCCUCUUCUCUCUUCUCCCUUAGAGGUAAAGAUCCUCUCCUGAACAGAGGAGCUCGCAGGUACAGCAACCUCGCUGCUUCUCUCGAAGACACCAUCACUCCACCAGUGAAAGUCGAGCACACUCAGCUCCUAAUCAACGGAAAGUUCGUUGAUUCAGCCUCAGGAAAGACUUUCCCCACGUUGGAUCCAAGAACUGGGGAAGUGAUAGCUCAGGUGGCUGAGGGUGACGUGGAAGACGUGAACCGUGCGGUUGUAGCCGCGCGCAAGGCCUUUGACCAGGGUCCAUGGCCUAGAAUGACUGCUUAUGAGAGGUCGAAGAUACUGUUUCGUUUCGCUGACUUGAUUGAGAAACACAACGACGAGAUUGCUGCUCUUGAGACUUGGGACAACGGGAAGCCUUAUGAGCAGUCUGCCAAUAUUGAAGUUCCUAUGCUUGCUAGAGUGUUCCGUUACUAUGCUGGUUGGGCAGACAAGAUCCAUGGAAUGACGGUUCCUGGAGACGGUUCCCACCACGUGCAGACGCUCCACGAGCCGAUUGGAGUCGCUGGACAGAUCAUCCCAUGGAACUUCCCUCUUCUCAUGCUCUCGUGGAAGCUUGGACCAGCUUUAGCUUGCGGUAACACCGUUGUGCUCAAGACGGCUGAGCAGACUCCUCUCUCUGCUCUUCUUGUUGGAAGACUACUUCAUGAGGCUGGACUUCCUGAAGGAGUUGUUAAUAUAGUUUCUGGAUUUGGUCCUACCGCUGGUGCAGCCAUUGCUAGUCACAUGGACAUUGACAAGGUUGCUUUCACCGGGUCUACUGAUGUUGGAAAGAUCAUUCUUGAGUUGGCUUCAAAAAGUAACCUCAAGGCAGUGACUCUUGAGCUUGGAGGCAAGUCACCUUUCAUUGUAUGUGAAGAUGCUGAUGUGGAUCAGGCCGUUGAGAUGGCUCAUUUCGCUCUCUUCUUUAACCAGGGACAAUGCUGCUGUGCUGGCUCGCGUACAUUUGUACAUGAACGAGUGUAUGAUGAGUUUGUAGAGAAAGCUAAAGCUCGUGCAAUCAACCGAGCUGUUGGAGAUCCCUUCAAGUCAGGCAUUGAGCAAGGUCCCCAGGUGGACUCAGAGCAGUUCGAGAAAAUCCUGAAGUACAUUAGACAUGGAGUUGAUAGUGGAGCCACCUUACAAGCUGGAGGUGACCGUCAUGGUUCCAAGGGUUACUACAUUCAACCCACUGUCUUCUCUGACGUCAAGGACGAUAUGCUCAUAGCAAAAGACGAGAUCUUCGGACCAGUUCAGACCAUACUUAAGUUCAAGAAUCUGGAUGAGGUGAUUGCAAGGGCGAACAACUCAAGAUACGGUCUAGCUGCAGGAGUGUUCACACAGAAUCUGGACACAGCGAAUAGGCUGAUGCGAGCGCUGAGGGUUGGAAGCGUUUGGAUAAACUGUUUCGAUGUGUUUGAUGCAACAAUCCCAUUUGGAGGGUAUAAGAUGAGUGGCAUUGGAAGAGAGAAAGGUAUCUACAGUCUCAACAAUUACUUGCAAGUCAAGGCUGUUGUCACUUCCAUCAAGAACCCCGCUUGGCUCUAAACCGAACCUAUCCCUCGAGGUUGGUUGGUUGGUUAAUAAUGGUUUUGCUUUGGGAAACCUGGAGUUGGUUUUAUAGAUUAUGAUGAUAAAUUUUACCUUCAGCACAUUUUACACAUAAAGAGCUAUGUAUGAAUCAUUUCUUGAUAUUGGGGAAUAACCACUUUAUGAAUAAAACAAUAAUAUUUCUAUAAGCAGUGGAAACUAAAAAAAGCCUUUUCACA